AUGCCAAAAUGCUGGUUUUCAUUGACUUUACGAACAUUCUUCAUCCAUGACUGGUCCAUAGAACAGAGAUGGAUGUCAGUUCUUCUUCCUUUGCUCAUCCUGUACAACAACCCGAUCUUCUCCCUGACAUUCCUCAUGGACUCAUGGGUGCCAGGAAUGCUGGAUGCUGUAUUCCAGGCAUCAUUCCUAUGUGCUCUUCUGCUGUUCUGGCUCUGUAUAUACCAUGGACUCAGGCAGAAUGAGCGUCGCCUACUCACAUUCUACCUACCCAAGCUGCUGAUCGUAGGUCCGGUGUGGCUGUGUGCUGUUACCAUGGCGACCUGGCAGAAGUAUAAUGAGCACCUUGAUCCUACUUACAGCUACCAGCUGGAUACUUCUUACUUCUAUAGUUUCAAACUAACAUUCUUCCUGUUCCUGGGGCUCUAUAUCACAUACUUGUUGUGCCUUAUCCUACGAGCCUACAGUGAACUUCGAUCCAUGCCGUUCUUUGAUAUGCGGCUCAAGUUUGUAACCCUGUUGAUGCUAAUCGUGCUGUCUAUCAGCAUGUCCAUCACAGUAUCCAGGUUCGGUCUGGGUGUGCUGGAAGACAAUUUUGUGGCCGACCUUUCAACAAACUAUGCGAGCUCUGCGCAGUUCAUGGCCUGCUACGGUCUCCUCAACUUUUACCUGUAUACAAUGGCUUACGUCUACUCCCCCAGCAAAAAGACCAUCUUCGAAACUGGGAUUACCAAAGACAAUCCAGCAUUCUCGAUGAUCAAUGACUCGGAUGAAGAUGUAAUCUAUGGAUCUGACGAAGAGAGCAGACAGCCACUGAACAGGAAUCGCAAUGAUGAUGACAGUGACUAAAGGGAUGGGUGGGGGACAAUGAACUCUCCUGACCGAGGAGUCUUGGGUUACACGGAUUGACAGCUGUGAAAGACUCAAAGAAUUCUUAUUAAAACAGUAGCAGGUAAAUGAAUGAGGUAGUGUUUUUUUUAUUUAUGGCCAUAAUUUUAUUUUUUCAAAGUGUAAUUUUCAGUUUUUGAUACAAAUUAUUUAGUAUUGUCUUCCAAGAAAUACUUUUCAGUAGUCAUGCAUACACAGAGUCUCUACAUUUUUGUUAUAAAUAAAAAAAUAACAUCACAUAUUUUAUAAUGUUAUUUAUUUUAAAUUUUUAUAAUGUCGGUAUUAUAUAUUUGUUCAGUAGUACAGUCAAUGAUUCAGAGAGUAUGCCAACUAUUAGGGUUGUGACUGUACGUGGAAGAGAGCUGAGUCAGUGAGGGUCUUUGAUACCAAACAGGGGCCUCGAUCCUUUAAACAGAGUUUAAUGUUUUAUUUAAACAAUUUUAUCUCCAUGUUCCAUACUUAGAAGAGAUACAUAUUUGGCCAGAGAAUAUGUUAAGCACUAACUUAUUGUUUUACCUGCAACUAUAUACUAGUGUAAUGUUUAAGUAGUUAUUUGUAUUAAAAGUGUAGUGAAAUUUUUACAACUAUAUACUACUACAUGCCAAAGUAUGUGAUGUGUAAAUUUUUAAAUAUGUUUACAUGUAAACUGUUAACUCAUUGUACAAAUCUGAAAGCAUAAUUUAUAAAUAAAUUUAAUGUGUU